CCCCAGGAGGGGAGUCGCGCCCGCGCUUCUACGGUCGCUGCUUUUCUGCGGCAGUUUCGGACUUGCAUUCGGAGAGACGUGGGAACUUUCACGGACAGCCUGCGGAGGUGCUGGGUCACUCCCUGGGCGCCCGCGGGGAAGUGGCGCGGUGAGCGUCCUCCGGCUUCUGUGCGGAGAUCCGUGCCUCGUCCUGGGCCCGGCCGCCGGACUUGCCUGCGGCUCUAGUCAAGUCUUCCCAAGCUAAGAUAAUUUUUUGGAACUGCAGAAAUUGUUGGCGAUAGCUACAAAUGGGAAUUUGGAGUUGGUCUGAAAUUCAUCUUGAAAUAAUUGUGUUUGACUGGAACCAUAUCUUAUGAAGUCACCAAGGAUGAGAGUCUAUGCUAAGUCAGUGUUACUGUCACACUGGCUCUUUCUGGCCUAUGUGUUAAUGGUGUGCUGUAAGCUGAUGUCUGCCUCGAGCCAGCACCUCCGGGGACACGCAGGUCACCACCAAAUCAAGCAAGGGACCUGUGAGGUGGUCGCUGUGCACAGGUGCUGUAAUAAGAACCGCAUAGAAGAGCGAUCGCAAACAGUCAAGUGUUCCUGCUUCCCAGGACAGGUUGCUGGCACAACUCGGGCUCAGCCUUCUUGCGUUGAAGCUUCCAUCGUGAUUCAGAAGUGGUGGUGCCACAUGAAUCCUUGCUUGGAAGGAGAGGAUUGUAAAGUGCUGCCAGAUUACUCAGGUUGGUCCUGUAGCAGUGGCAAUAAAGUCAAAACUACAAAGCAGUGGACGUUCAUGGAGUCCCUUGUUGGUGGACGAAAGAGGUUAGCAUUCCCCAUCAUUUCUAAUUAA